AACACCUUAAAACAAACAAAAGCCAGUGGAGAGGAGGAGUUAGGGUAGAUGUUUGUUCAGAACUGCGAAAAUACAGCCUUGCAGGAAAAAAAACAACAACAUUGCAUUUUUUGAACUUUUGCCAGAAGUAUUUGGAGCUACUCUGAUCUACUAGCUGGGCUGUGGGUAGCACUGACUUUGCAUGCAGCAGAACUGAUAGGGAAAAUAACAUACAGAUUGACAUUUUGCAUAACAGGAAUUUCAUAACACACAAUGUAAAUGAUUACAGCAUUAUCCCUCCACUUUUUAUCUUAACAGAGAAGCACACCCCCCCGGCCCCUUUGUACUAAUGCUACCUUGCUUUUGAGUUGGCAGGUGGAUACUCCUAUGUAAUACUAUUUAGAUAAACCCAUACAGCAACAAAAUAAAAACUCAGGCAUUGACCCUUCCAGAAUGAGAACUCUCUUUAAAUGUAUAGCAAUUAACUUUUAUGUAAGUGAUUUCCACAGAAUGACAGAAUGGCAGAAUGGUAGGGGUUGGAAGAGACCUCUGGAGAUCAUCUAGACCAACCCCCCCUGCUAAAGCACGUUCACCUAGAGCAGGUUGCACAGGAUCAUGUCCACCACAGAUCUCAAAGCACUUCAAGGAAGGAACAAGUAGUAUUAUUACUGGAUGUUCACAGGUAGAGUAGAAAAUACUAAUGGACAAGUUUUAAAGAACCUCUUGCAAAAACUACUGUAUACUAGACUAAUGGCACAGGGCCUAAUAAAAAUGAUUCAAGGUUUACACUGAUUCGCAACAGAAACAGGCCUAGCUCAAUGGGCAGUAAAUUGGCACAACCACUUUCUGCACUGCUCUUUGGCCAAAUUUCCUUUUAUUCUCCUCCCUGGGUUUUCAGGGCAGCUAAAACCUCCAGAGCAGGCCACCACUCAGGGCUUGGUGUUUCUCAUUGGCAUGGCCCCAAGCACACAGUGUGUUCACGGUAUCCUUUCCACGUCAGGGCGCAAGGACCGAGAGGAUACGGGAUGCCCUGAGGUGUUGAUGAUGGCAUCGCUCGCACUAAUCCCGACUGCCCCAGGACGCGCCCGUCGCUGCCGGGCAGGCGAAGCGCACCGCGGGGAGGGCCCGGCACCGCCAUGAGGGCCCACACGUUCGCGCUCGCCGCCGCCACUCUCGCGAGAGCAGUCCACGACUCGCGCUGCCUUCCCAGCGCGCCUGCGUCGCGGCGGGCCAGCCCCAGCAGCGCCCGAUCAGGCGGGAUCCACCGCCGGGGGGGCGGAGCGCGGACGGCCGGAGCGGUGAGACCAUGGAACCAGGCGUGGAGGAGUUGAUGCCGCGGCUGUUGCCUGUGGAUGACUGUGACUUGACCGAGGACUUCGACCCCACGGUGCCUCCCAGGACGCCCCAGGAGUAUCUGAAGCGCGUCCAGAUUGAAGCAGCUCGAUGUCCAGAUGUGGUCGUGGCACAAAUAGACCCCAAAAAAUUGAGAAAGAAGCAGACAGUAAACAUUUCAAUUUCUGGUUGUCAGCCUGCUCCUGAAGGAUACUCUCCAACGCUCAAGUGGCAGCAGCAGCAAGUGGCCAAUUUCUCAGCUGUUCGUCAGAGCCUGAACAAGCACAGAAACCACUGGCGAUCACAACAUUUGGACAGCAAUGUUACUAUGCCAAAAUCAGAAGAUGAAGAAGGCUGGAAGAAGUUUUGCCUGGGUGAAAGAGUACACUCAGAAAUGGAUGCACUAUCUGAUAAUGAAAAUUUAGGAAUUGAUUACAUAAAGGUGGGCUUUCCCCCUUUGCUAAGUAUUGUAAGCAGAAUGAAUCAGGCAACAGUAACCAGUGUCUUAGAAUACCUGAUAAGCUGGUUUGGAGAGAAAAAAUUUACUCCAGAACUGGGUAGGUGGCUUUAUGCACUGUUGGCAUGCCUUGAAAAACCUUUGCUACCUGAAGCUCACUCCCUUAUUCGACAGCUGGCAAGACGAUGCUCAGAAGUCAGAGUACUAGAGGAGAACAAGAAUGAAGAACAGAUAUCAGCUCUGAACUUGAUAAUCUGCUUAGUUAGCAGGUACUUCGAUCAGCGUGACUUGGCUGAUGAACCUUCCUAGACUUUUAAGAAUAUCAAGUAUUUCACGUUGCCAUAGUACAAACAGCAUUACGGAGUUAACAGCAAGACACCGCAUCGUGCAGACCUGAAGUACUGUACAACCCCUUCAGAACACCCUUAAGAUGAAGCAUUUGGGACAGCUAUGAAUAACUUAAGCUGAGCUUUAGCAUGAGAUUGUUAAUGUGUCUGGUAUUAUCACACCAUCAUCAUAAAGUGGUCAAUGAAGUGUCUGGCAUCAUCUCUCAAGCUACUGUCUGCGUAGACUACACUCUUGGUUAGAAAUUUCUACCAUCUGAGUAAUCCUGUGGACGCUGCUAUUUGGUGAAGUCUGAGGUUACGUUACAAAUGAUUGUUCUUUAACACACACCUGUUGAGGGCUUUUUUUUUUUUAAUAAAACAAGCAUUUUAAAGAGUGUUCUUAAA